AUGGUUCGCACUUGCAAUGGAACACCUCAUGCUUUCAGGCGGCUCCCGAAUCUUCUGCUACUGCCUCAGUGCCUAUGGACCGAAGGAGAAGGUAUUGCCCUCUCUUCUCACUUUCCCAUUCCCGCCCGACCCGAUCGGUAUCUGCACCCGGAUGUAGUCUCCUGCCACAAUCCAGAUUACCGGAACCUGCACUUUCUUUGCCUUACUUUGUGUGUCCGUCAACUAGUGAGGUAG